GAUACUAACGACGGCGAUGAAGAUCCCAUGGAAGACGGCACACAACAGAUUCGUGAAGAAGACGAAGAUGGACUGGAUAUAUCGGGAGAUAGGGACGAUGGUGGAGAAACGACGAUUGUCGGAAUUGGUCCGGACGGAGGUGGCACUGCGCGUUCAGAACGGAUCACGACGCGCUAUCUUACAAAAUACGAGCGAGCCCGAGUGCUGGGAACAAGAGCUUUGCAAAUAAGCAUGAACGCACCCGUUAUGGUGGAUCUGGAUGGGGAAACGGAUCCCUUACGAAUUGCCGAGAAGGAACUGCGGGAACGUAAAAUCCCAAUUAUCAUCCGACGUUACUUACCGGAUGGAUCUCAUGAAGACUGGAGCGUAGACGAGCUAGUUGUGGACUGA